GACGGCGAGGGGGCCGGCCGAGUGCCGGCUUCCGGCGGAAACGGGCGCGAGCAAGAUGGCCACCACCAAGCGUGUGCUGUACGUGGGCGGGCUGGCAGAAGAGGUGGACGACAAGGUUCUUCAUGCUGCAUUUAUCCCCUUUGGAGACAUCACAGAUAUUCAAAUUCCUCUGGACUAUGAAACAGAAAAACACCGAGGGUUUGCUUUUGUUGAGUUUGAGUUGGCAGAGGAUGCGGCAGCAGCUAUCGACAACAUGGUAUGGCUGGGGAUCCUCAUUCUAACUGAAGGUGCCUUUCGCUGAAUGAAUCUGAGCUCUUUGGACGGACGAUUCGUGUCAAUUUGGCCAAGCCAAUGAGAAUUAAAGAGGGCUCUUCCAGGCCAGUCUGGUCAGAUGAUGACUGGUUGAAGAAGUUUUCUGGGAAGACUCUUGAGGAGAAUAAGGAAGAAGAAGGACCCGAGCCUCCCAAAGCUGAAGCCCAGGAGGGAGAGCCCACUGCAAAAAAAGCCCGGUCAAAUCCUCAGGUGUACAUGGACAUCAAGAUUGGGAACAAGCCAGCAGGCCGCAUUCAGAUGCUCCUACGGUCUGAUGUGGUGCCCAUGACCGCAGAAAACUUCCGCUGCCUGUGCACCCAUGAAAAGGGCUUUGGCUUCAAGGGAAGCAGCUUCCACCGCAUCAUCCCCCAGUUCAUGUGUCAGGGUGGUGAUUUCACAAACCACAAUGGCACAGGGGGCAAGUCCAUCUAUGGGAAGAAGUUUGAUGAUGAAAACUUCAUCCUUAAACACACAGGACCAGGCCUCCUCUCCAUGGCCAAUUCUGGCCCGAACACCAACGGCUCCCAGUUCUUCCUGACCUGUGAUAAGACAGAUUGGCUGGACGGCAAGCAUGUGGUAUUUGGGGAGGUCACGGAAGGCCUGGAUGUCUUGCGGCAGAUCGAGGCUCAGGGCAGCAAGGAUGGGAAGCCAAAGCAGAAGGUGAUGAUUGCCGACUGUGGAGAGUACAUGUGAGGCUGCGCUCUCUGCUCCACCUCUGUAAGACGAGGGGAACUGCCUGGUCUGGGCCCUGUGCAGCAAGCUGUGUAGAGCACAAGCCUUUCCUUGGGGUCACCUGCCUUAGCAGCUGCUCAUCUGCAGUGCCCAGGCCUUCUGCAGGCAUGACUGGGCCUGAAAGCCAGCAUAGGCAGUGUGCUGCCGCCACCUGUCCUGAACUGUCUGUAGCUGCUAGGUGGCUUCUUUGCUAAAAUAAACUGCUUGUUUUGUUUUUUUUUUUAC